CGGUCCUGUGGACGAAAUUGUGUAUAGUGUCUAACUGCUAGCAUCCUUUUCCUUGUUCGGCCAUACUAUAUCUUUUCGGGUAACCAAUGGGUCGGCAACCCCACUACACCCGCCAGUCCCGACGUCCCGCCAGGCGUCGCUGCCGGCCCGAUGCAUGAGAGAAUCUUAGCCGCAUGCGGCUGCAGGGCCUUUUGACUUCCAAAGCGAGACAUUGCGCAGGCUGACCACAUCGACCUUCCCCUCACUUCCCCUUCCCCUGACCAUUCCACCGUCUGAGGCGAUUUGCACCUUGUUCCUUCUGCGCAGUCGAGAAUCCCUUCCAACACCGACACUGAUACACCCACCAGAGCGAGACCAGAGUUCAAGUUCUCACAAUGGGCUGGUUCUGGAACUCUUCCCCGACCUCUCCCGAACCGGGGAGCUCAAGCGGCAGCUCAACACAGGCGCCAACGGCUCCGACACAGCCAGUAGAUACGGCACCAAUUCAAGCACAACAUACCGAGUCGGCAACCGACCGCGAAAUGGCCGUGUUCAUGCAGAUGCUCCAGAAAGACGCCCAAGCCUCCAACACCCCGCAACCAGAGACACAACAGCAAUCACCACAACCACCAGCAGCCUCUAGUGCCAAAGCCGAUUCAUGGUUCUCGUGGGGAAGGCCACGAUCCGCCGACGACCCGACCCCCUCCGCAUCCGAACAAACAAGACCAACAACAACUCGCAUCCGCACCCGCACCCCCGAAUCCCUCGCCAUGUCCGAGCACCUGCUGCCGACGACCAUGUCCUGCCGCGACGCGUUCGACUACGCCUGGUACUGCCACACGCCCGGCUCGCAAUGGAACGCCGUGUACCGGUACGGCAGCGUGCGCACGUGCUCCGAGCUGUGGGACGACUUCUGGUUCUGCAUGCGCACCAAGUCGUACUCGCCUGAGAUGCGCGCCGAGGUGAUCAAGGCGCACUACCGCGCCAAGGAGGAAGCCAAGUACGGCGGCGGGAAGCCCAGCAGCGAGGAUGUCUGGGAGAGCCGCGAGGAGCGGGUGCCGCCGGGGACGGCCUUCCAGGCGAAGUUCGAGCCCCCCAUCAUGGAUGAUGCUGAGUUUCAGAGGAUGGAUGCGGAGAGGAGGAGGCGGAUUCGGGAGAUGAUGGGCAUUGAACAGGGGAACGAGAAUAAAGAGGAUAAGAAGUGAUGGAAAUACUUUGUUUGCCCGAGCCCAGUUAACGUAUUGUAUCACCUGCCAGCCACUUUCACAUACCCGAUCGCAGAAAGAAAAUACUUGCAGUCUUCAUUCAUAGGGGUCAACGGGUGAGUGUGAUCGAUCUAGUAUGGGCCAAGGCAAUAUGUCUUUGCAUGGUACUCAUGUCACAGCAUUGAGAGCGCCACUUUGUCUUUGUGAAAAUGUCCUUCAUUGCAAGGAAACGGGAAUCGUAACUAAAGUACAACCCAUGCCGCCGACCUGACUUUUC